GGACCUUCAGAAAAUGACAGAAUAUAUGUAUAUCAAAGUGAAAUAGUUAUCUUUUAAAAUAUUGUUAAUUAUCAAAUAGUAAAUACGCAUGUCUCAUUCAAUAAGGAAAACCAAAUCAAUAUUGUCCAAUGCCAAUUGAAUGAAAUCUUAAAUUGAAUUAAACCGGAAUUUGAUUAGGUUUUUGAACAGUAAGUGCCAAAAUGACUGAGAAAAUUGAAGAAAACAUAUUUCUUUUCGUUCCAAACUUAAUUGGAUAUGCAAGGAUUAUUUUAGCUUUCAUUUCUUUUUAUUAUUUAAGUACCAACUAUAUAAUUGCUUUGGUAUGUUAUACCAUAUCUGCUCUUUUAGAUGCCAUUGAUGGAUAUGCAGCAAGGUACUUCAAUCAAGGCACAAAAUUUGGAGCGAUGUUAGAUCAGCUAACUGAUCGUUGUGGUACUAUGUGUUUGUGUGCAGUAUUAGCUCAUUUAUAUCCUUCACACAUGUUUUGGUACCUUCUGUCUAUGUGCAUCGACAUAUCAUGUCACUGGAUGUACCUUCAUACUUCUAUUCUACAAGGAAAAUCAAGUCAUAAAUUUAUCGAUAUGUCAGAGAGUAAAAUAAUGAGUUUAUAUUAUACUAACAGGACUGUUCUAUUCUUUAUGUGUGCUGGUAAUGAAUGUUUCUACUUGGCACGAUACAUUUUAUUUUUUACACCAGGACCAAUAAUAUUUGGAGUUCCCAUAAUAUCAAUGAUACAAUAUUUUUCCCUCCCUGUAGCCGUUGUCAAAAGUGGAAUAUCUCUUCUGCAUUUAGUAGUUGCAUGCAAGAAUCUCUCUAUUAUAGACUGUAAUGAACGCAAAAAAAUUACUAAAAAAAUUGAAUAAUUAUUCUAGUGCUGUGAAAAUAUUCCUAGGGUUAUAUCCAAUCCAAUUCCAAUGUUAUGGUACUGAAUACUAAAAAAUCCUCUUUAUACAUUUAGGUAAAUGUAAUAUAGUUUGAUUCCAAAGAUUUAUACAUGUUCAUAUUAAAUUUCCAACUGUUAUUUUAUGACUUUCUUAAUGUUAAUUUUUAUCUAUUUAUUUUUUUAGAUUCUGCUAUCUGUUGAAUAAAUAAUUAAAACCGA